UGCUUUUGUGCUCUCAUCAAAAUUGACUGCACGUUUCUUAAGUGCAAUGGAUAAGUAAUUUUAAAUAGAUAGUCGUUGUUUUUUAUAUUUGGCGUGUAUUAACAAUCCUGGUCUGCCAGAAUGUUACAACAGGGUAUUUACUUCCGUUUAUAUCGAGUUUAUGUAUGUGUGUUAAUGUCAAAAAGGGUUGCUAUGUAAAUAUUCAUGGUUAAACAUCUUCUAUUUUGUGACCCAUAUUGACACAACUGAACGCCAUGAAAAAGUGUAUUUGCGAUUAGGAUGGAAAAACGGAGUGUUGGAAAAUAUGUUGAAAAUUAUUGAUUAAGUGGGUUUGACGAUUGGAAUAUAAAUUCGAUACUCUGUAUAUGGUAAGCGAAAGUUGAUCAAUGGUAAAAAUAACUUAUGUAGUUUGCAUAUAGAACGUAUUUGUUGCAAAAAAAUUUUCGCAAAAAUGUAUAUACUUUAAGGCCUCUCAAUCACAAAAAAUUACCAAACAUUUGUGAAGUGGGCAAAAUAUGAAAAGGUGUAAAAUAAUGCUUUUUUUCUGAAUAGCCUAUCUAUUGCGUUUUCGGAUAUAAAGUGUUGAGUAUUAAAUAAACAGGACAAAUGGAAAUGUAUUGUAAAUUAACAAUUGGGUGUAAAAUAAAAAUAAAAAAAACAAGUAUGUUUAAGAAGAUCCUUCGUGGUUGCUUUGUUUAAUUCAACUACAUCACAUCACUGCAACACAACAUUGAUUUUCAUUUUAUUUUUCAGACUUUUAAUUAAUUACAGGUAAAAGUAACGCCUAGAUGUUUCAAAUGAAUUGGAUUUAUAGGGAUAAGGGAUUUUGAAUGAGCGGGGGGGCUUAUAAUAUGCCAGGGGUAAUUCGUGGAUAGACUCAUCUACCAGAUUUGACAGUAUAUUAAAAAAACACUCUUAAAGAAUUUUGAAGAAAAAAACCUAAAGUUUGUCGCAAACAUUUCCUCUCGAGCGGCGGAGAAACACCAAUACACAGCAACAAACCUCGUUCCCAGGAACAACAAGCUCGACCUCUUGGCAGAUGCAAUACGCCCUGGGAAUGAAACCGAAACCAAUGCCCCAACUGCGUGUUUACACUAGUCUCGAUUUCCUUUAAUAUAUUAACAUGCUUGUGACCAAGAGUUUAAAAACUAUCGAGUUUUUUCAGCAACCAUAAUGGUAAACAUGGAAGAAAGAGCAAUCUGAGCAGCCAGGCUCGAUUUUAAGAUGCUUUUCGUGAAUAAUUGUAGUUUUCAAAGAAUAAAGAAAUAUAUAUAAUAUAUAAUGGCUACAGAAUUCACGAGUGCUAAUCUUCAAUCUGAACAAAUCAACACAUCGCAAUUGGCAAAAAAUGUUGAUAAUUCUGUCAAAAAGGCAGUUCUACCACCAAUUGGAGCCCAAACUUUGAGAAAUGAUUUUCUGCCACAAAAUUUAUUAGCUACUUUGACACAAGCAACAAAAAAGUAUGACAAUCUAGGUCCAAAGCAAAGUGGACAAAGAACAGUUGUAAAGAGGGCAGAUAAUUUAUGGAAUCACGAGAAAAGUCGCUUGAAGUUCAAACAUUUGACAGAACAGCCACCAUGUUAUUGUGGUGCUGGAAGGGAUAUCUCAUAUCUAUUGGAUGCUACUAAUAAAAAAGAAAAAUUAGAAGAAACAAAUAUUGAGGAAGAUGUUCAGGAUGCAAAGAUUACGGCAAACAACAAAGUACCGGAAAGUAUUAUUCCAUCUGAAUUUCAUGUUGUUAAGCAUAAAGGAGUUGUUGGACUGGAAGUACAGGAUGACAAAUACACCACCAAGAUAGACAAUCAUGAAGACCAUCUUACUGUGUUUCCAUCCAUGAAGCCAUCAGGAAGGCAAGAAGCUCUCCAAUUGAUGAAAACAAUGAAUUCAUUACUGAAGAGGGCUGGUGUUGCCAGUGAUCAAACAGAAGAAAAGGAAUCCUCACAAAAUGAGAAAGAUGGAAAUCAGAUAGAAAAUCUGCUCAACAUUGUCAAAAAUGAACAGAAAAUAUACAAUAUAGUCUUCAACGAAAUCAUACGACAAGUCAGUAUAGAGUGUGUUGAACGUGGUGCUGUUCUUGCAGAGCUGCGCAAUCGAUAUGCCACCAUGUUUGACCAGGUUCCAAAACAAGUUAUGAGCCUUCACGAGGAAGUUCUGGCUCAGCGUGCCUUGGAUCGGAGAUUGACUGAAGAACUAUCUAGAUUUAAAACUUCAAUAACACUUUUAACAAAAGAGCUUCAUGAAAUACAUGCUCAUGAUGAAGAAGUUACACGACAGGCUAUCGAAACACAAGCAGAGUUAAAUGAAGCACUAAAGGAGUCGGAAAAGAAUGCAAGUUUGCUUGCAGAAUAUCAUGAUCUGUACGAACUUCAAAGGAGACGACUUGAUUACCAACUAUCGAAGUUAAUUGAAGAGAGAGAUCUGUGGGCUGGAAGUGCACACAUGUUAUCUCUCAAAGUGACAGAGAAGCACAAUCUUGUAACUGUGAGACGACUUCAUUUGUUCGAGAAAGCAUGGUAUAAAUUAACCAAUCAUUUUGCUGUCCUGUUGGGACAAGAGGAUGAAAAGCUGCUUCAAACGUUGGCUGGUCACGUGCAUAAUUGGCAAGACAUCGCUAAAUCAUUUAACGAAAGAUUAUCCAACGUCGAAGGGGAAACUUAUGCAAAGAUGCUAUCAGUUCAACAGACGUUGCUCGAAUGGGGAGAGAAAUUUGAAAGAGUUGUCACGCCUGACGAGGGAAGCGUUCACCCGCUUGAGAGUAGAAGCAUGCAAGAUUUAUUCGACAUUCUGAAGUCUUGGGAAGAGAUCUUUACUUCUGAGGCAGAGCGGUUUACUGGUGAUGUACUCCUCUCUUGCGAGGACGAUCUUUUGGAGCUUAACACGUGCGUCGAUCUGUGGAUUGAAACCGCGAUGAAAAUAUUUUGCAAUCAUCCCAGUCAAGAUGGUAGCUGGCACGCGCAACAUAACGCUAUGAUGUCAUUAAACAAAAAUGUUGAAGAACUACACAAAAACUUCAAGUUACGAAUGUCUGGCGAGAAUGGGUUGGCAAAACAAUUUAUUCACUUUAUAAAUCAUUUGGACACAUGGGUUAAUAAAAUCAACAUACUCCUCAACGGUGGCGAGACUUUAUUUGAAUCAGAGUGGGUGCAACUGGCCGAUUUCUUUCAGGUGCAAUGGAGAGAAGCCCUGGAUCGUAUUCUGCACAUUCUUUCGCCAGAUGAUGUAGAUGAGAUAAAUGUCAGUAAGCAUCAUCUCGAGGACAGGUCACCAUCUGGGAAUAAACAGGUUGUUGAGGACGUUUAUAAUGCAACGCAAAGUUGGUUAAGUGACACAAUCAACGCAUUUGAAAAUGAAAAUAGCAAUAUUAUCGAACAGGUCACUACGACGCAUUCGAACAUGAUUCGAUGGAUGAUAACCAUCUUGCUUCGUUUAGCACCGGAUAUGAAGGAUGUUAACUUUACGGAUGAGCUGACUAAAGAAGACAAAACUAAAGGCUUAGGUGCUGCCAUUUUAUCAGAAUCGACAUCGGAAGCAAUUAUAGAACGAGCUACUAUGCUUUUCAACUGGCUGCGCUCGUUGUCUGACCUGAUUAUGUCCUGUUGUAAAGAUAUCACGAGAUAUGGCUCGAAAUCAAAAGAUUCCAAAAAUCAACAGGACGAUGAAGGUGCUGGCGAUUUAAAGAAAAUCGAGAUCGAAUGUCAGGGUUGGAUGAAUACUGCGAACCUUUUAAUACAUGAGUUAACUGGAGAGACGAUUCCUAUGAACGAUUUUCGGUCACGUAUAAAAAACAUGACUACUUCCAGUGGACAAGUAGAAGCCCACACGGAUUUGCCAAUCACACAGCCGACUGUGAUGAAACUAACAAAUGAUGACGCUGAUAAAAUUGACAAUGUUGACGAUGAACAACUGGAAGAUGUAAAUCUGUCAAAUAAUCAAUCUAUUGAUGCAAGUGGUGAAGAUGAUGCGGUUACUGAUUGUCCUGUCGAGAUGAUGGUGAUUGGUACUGACGAGAAUGUAAAGAAGAGAACGAUGGAAGAUGUAACCUUUGAAACAACAGCUAUGCAUGGAGAGCCCAGAAAUGAUAUACAAAGCCCAAGUAUGUCUCUGGAGUCACUAAACACGUUGGAAAAAAUGCAGUGCCAGUUGCUAAUGACAGAAGAGAGAGCACAAGAAGCUGAACAUAGAGCAUUUACAGCCGAAUCUUCUCUUAAAGAAGCAGAGGAAAGAAUACGUGCUUUGGAAAGAUCUUUGUCAAAAUAUGAAUCCAAAUCUGAUGGAAAAAGUUGACUUUUCCUUUACAGACAGUUACAAUAUUUAUCUUGUAUAUUAGUUUUGUUUUUCUAUUUGUUGAAACGUUGUUUAUAUGUAAAUGUAAAAAUAGAUCAUAAUAUAUUUUUACCAGUUUACCA